ACUUGCCCCUUCCCCAAGUUCCAUCAGUACUUUCAGAAUCCUUAAUCCGUUUACCCAAAGAACAAAUUUCAAAAACUUCCGAUUCCUUUGCACAUGGCGGCCAGAACGGCUAGGCUUGCGAGGUCAGCCUAUGCUACUAUGAACGUCGGAAAGAGUGGCUACUCCGCUCUUAAUCACAGUCGUCCCUUUCUGCCUCGCGCCGCUGAACUAUCUGGUGCGACAAUGGCUUCGAACGGUAUUUCUUCGGUUGCUUAUUCACCGACCGGAGUCACGGACGGCGUAUCAGACUAUGAUGCUAAGCCUGUCAAGUUCUUGAAUGGCGUCGAGAAGGGUUCACGUCGUCUGUUUCACUCCUCUACUCCUUCGUACUCUGCUUCUGCGGGCUCCUCUAAGGUUGAUCAGUCAGAGUUCACUGAGAUGGCAUGGGAGGGAAUUGUCGGGGCGGUUGAUGCAGCACGUCUUAGCAAACAACAAGUGGUGGAAACCGAACAUUUAAUGAAAGCACUUCUAGAGCAAAAGGAUGGUUUGGCUCGUAGAAUAUUCACCAAAGCGAGCAUUGACAAUACUUCAGUCUUACAGGCCACAGAUGACUUCAUCCGACAGCAACCUAAGGUUAUAGGUGACACCAGUGGCCCCAUAAUAGGUUCACAUCUUCAGUCUCUCAUAGACAAUGCUAGGAAACAUAAAAAGGAGUUGGGUGACGACUUCUUAUCAGUGGAACACCUGUUAUUAGCAUUUCUGAACGAUAAAAGGUUUGGUCAGCAGUUAUUGAAGAACCUACAACUUGGUGAGAAGGAACUGAAAGACGCUGUCCAAGCUGUUUGCGGAAAUCAAAGAGUUACUGACCAGAAUCCUGAAGGCAAAUACGAGGCACUAGACAAAUAUGGGAAUGACUUGACUGAACUUGCUAGGCGUGGUAAACUUGAUCCUGUUAUAGGUCGGGAUGAUGAAAUUCGGCGCUGUAUCCAGAUAUUAUCAAGGAGAACAAAAAACAAUCCUGUUAUCAUUGGUGAGCCUGGUGUUGGGAAAACUGCAAUUGCUGAAGGGUUAGCUCAAAGAAUUGUGCGAGGAGAUGUUCCUGAACCUCUAUUGAAUCGGAAGUUGAUCUCUCUGGAUAUGGGUUCAUUAGUUGCGGGUGCUAAAUUCCGUGGAGAUUUUGAGGAAAGACUGAAAGCUGUCUUGAAGGAAGUCACUGCUUCAAAUGGGCAGAUUGUUUUGUUUAUCGAUGAGAUUCACACUGUUGUUGGGGCUGGGGCUACGGGUGGUGCAAUGGAUGCUGGCAAUUUAUUAAAACCAAUGCUUGGACGAGGUGAGCUCCGUUGUAUUGGAGCAACCACAUUAAAUGAAUAUAGGAAAUACAUCGAAAAGGAUCCUGCUCUUGAGCGUAGAUUCCAGCAGGUGUUCUGUGGUCAGCCAUCUGUUGAAGACACAAUUUCUAUUCUUCGUGGGUUGCGUGAACGCUAUGAGCUGCAUCAUGGUGUUAAAAUAUCAGACAGUGCCCUUGUUUCAGCUGCAGUUCUUGCAGACCGAUACAUUACGGAGCGCUUUUUGCCGGACAAAGCCAUUGAUCUUGUAGAUGAAGCAGCAGCAAAGCUGAAAAUGGAGAUCACAUCUAAGCCCACUGAAUUGGAUGAGAUUGAUAGAGCAGUGCUGAAGUUAGAGAUGGAGAAACUCUCGCUUAAAAAUGACACUGAUAAAGCAUCUAAAGAACGGCUAAGCAAGCUGGAAAAUGAUCUAGAUUCGCUCAAACUGAAACAGAAAGAAUUCACAGAACAGUGGGAUCAUGAGAAGGCUCUUAUGACACAGAUUCGAUCAGUUAAAGAGGAGAUUGAUAGAGUCAACCUAGAGAUGGAAGCUGCUGAGCGUGAGUAUGAUUUGAAUCGUGCUGCUGAGCUCAAGUAUGGGACACUUAUAUCUCUUCAACGGAAGCUGGAGGAUGCUGAGAAAAACCUCUCUGAUUUCCAGAAGUCUGGCAAGUCACUGCUUCGAGAGGAGGUCACUGACCUUGACAUUGCUGAAAUUGUAAGCAAGUGGACUGGUAUACCACUGUCAAACCUGCAACAGUCCGAGAGAGACAAGUUAGUUUUGCUAGAGCAAGUUCUCCACAAGAGGGUUGUUGGUCAGGAUAUUGCUGUAAAAUCAGUGGCAGAUGCAAUCCGCCGAUCAAGGGCAGGGCUAUCAGACCCAAACAGGCCAAUAGCAAGCUUCAUGUUCAUGGGCCCCACUGGUGUUGGUAAGACAGAGCUUGCGAAAGCUCUUGCAGGUUAUUUAUUCAACACGGAGAAUGCACUUGUUAGGAUCGACAUGAGUGAGUACAUGGAAAAGCAUGCAGUUUCACGCCUGGUUGGUGCUCCUCCUGGUUAUGUUGGUUAUGAGGAAGGUGGGCAGCUGACUGAAGUGGUUCGCCGAAGACCAUAUUCUGUGGUCUUGUUUGAUGAGAUGGAAAAGGCACAUCAUGAUGUGUUCAACAUUCUAUUACAGCUGUUGGAUGAUGGAAGGAUUACUGAUUCACAAGGAAGGACUGUUAGUUUUACAAAUUGUGUUGUUAUAAUGACAUCGAACAUUGGGUCCCACCAUAUCCUUGAAACUCUAAGCAACACGCAGGGUACUAAGGAUGCAGUGUAUGAUAUGAUGAAAAGACAGGUUGUGGAGUUGGCAAGACAAACUUUUCGCCCAGAGUUCAUGAAUCGUAUUGAUGAGUAUAUCGUUUUCCAACCUCUGGACGCCAAAGAAAUUAGUAGGAUUGUGGAAAUACAGCUGAACCGUUUGAAAGAUAGGCUUAAACAGAAGAAGAUUGAUCUUCAGUAUACUGAGGAAGCUGUUGAGUUAUUGGGCACAUUGGGCUUUGACCCCAACUUUGGAGCAAGGCCUGUCAAGAGAGUUAUACAGCAGAUGGUCGAAAAUGAAAUUGCUUUGGGUGUCUUAAGAGGAGAGUUCAAGGAUGAAGAAUCGAUCAUUGUUGAUGCUGAUACAUCUCCAUCAGCUAAGGACCUUCUUCCUCAAAACAGACUGGUCAUCAAGAAACUAAAAAAUGGUUCUUUUGUGGAUGCCAUGGUGGCCAAUGAUUAAUACUGCAUUUUCUGAACCGUAAAUUCGAGUAGUAGAUUUGGUUAAUCCCUUGCACUGAUAUUCUCACCACUCAUUUACAGCUUCCAGAUUGAAUUGUAGAAAUAUGGGAGCCUAUAGUUAUCGAGAGACUGCUCUUGUUCAUAUCUUCUUUUUUUUU